AUGCAGCCGAAAUACGCCCGCGAAAUCAAGGACCUGAUCACGAAUUCACCGGCAAACAACAAUUCGAGGCGCCGAUUACCAGUACACACUCAGGUCAUACUUGCGCUAAGAAGCGCAAACAAGCUGGAGGACCUAGCAGAGCAGGCAGACAAAAUCCACGAGAUCAACAACAAAGCACAGUUACUGACCACUACGCUUCCCGGAGAUCAGAAGCCAAAGGAAACAGCCGCCGUACAGCACAGUUCCCAGUCACAAAUAGAGCUGAGACAACAGGUAGCUGCAUUAACUAUGCAGGUAUCAAAAAUGACCAGAGCCCUACAACAGCAGAGAGGCCGUUUCAAGAGCCGAGAAAGAAGAUCAUUCGAAGUCAAUCACAAAGUAAGACACCAGGGGUAUGCUACUACCACCGACGCUUCGGGAAGCAUAAAGCAUACAGAUGUGCACAGCCGUGCACCUUUGAAAAGGAUACAAAAAACGCCGAGGGCAUCCAUUAGAGACGCUCAACAAUGGAUGUCCCAUGAUGUGCCGUCUAUUCAUCACGGACCAACGUACCAAGACAAGGAGACAGGUGCGUACCCCCUGAAAACCGUUCGUUCGCACUUUGCGAAAGAACACGAUACUCCCGGAAGAGAUGCGGCGGGUCCGAGCACUCGCGGCGACAGCGACACCGGCGAGAGUACGAAUACGGGCGUGCGUGCUCGCUCGGUGCCUGCGGCCGCGUCGUCGACGGAGACGGCUGGCGUGAGUCGGAGCCGUGCUGCAAGAUUGCGACAACCCACUGUGGCUCCCACGGCCACUCCAUCGCCGGGGCCAUCAUCACCAUCGAUCAUAGAGUCCCUCUCAUAUGCGGCAGUCACCGCGGGCACAACGACGAGGAGGCCCUCUACACCGACCAUUGUGCAAGCCCGCGGGAGAACUGCCGCGAAGAGCGCCGCGCCAUCACCGAGGGCAGCCCUAUUGGCAGAGGGCCAUAGAAACCCGGCCAUCGAAGACCGGCCAAUAGGAAGGCGGGCCGCUACGAGAAGGCCGCCGAGGACAGCCGCCGCAGUUAAUGGGUCGCCGGUGUUGCAGGGCUCCGUGGGUGGUCUCAAACACGUUCUUCUGCUCUCGGAGCGACGCGAGCUUUUCAGGCCGUCACUCCGAGAGUAUUUUGGGGAUACCAGCAAGCGACAGAGCGAGCUUGGUCCUUGUAAUCGAGAGGAAGCGGGAGUCCCGGCCUCUCGAUUCAAGGCACACUCCAGGCCUCUGUACCGCCCCACGUCGAGUACGCCCAGCCGGGCCAUUCUUCGCCGAGUCGACGACGAAAGCCCGCCACCACGCCGCGGGCAAAGAAAAGGGGGCCACCCUGUCCCCUCGAGGCAAAACGGCCAUCCGCCUCUGCAGGAAGCCCAGGCGAUCAGUCACCCGCCUCUGCAGGAAGCCCAGGCCAGCAGUCAUCCGCCUCCGCAGGAAGCCUCAGCAACGGAGGAGGCCCGAUCGGCCACCUACGAAUCCUCGGCCCCGGCCAACGGUCAGCCGAGGAACGCAAACCGAGGGGAGCACUUCGCCACCAAGUCCGCCGGUCGGGACGCCGACGAAGCCGUUGACGCCAGGGCGAGCGAAGCAGCGCAGCCCCACGAAGCCGCUGACUCCCGGGCGACCGAGGGGUCCCUCCAUCCGGACCUUUCGCACGCCCAGUCGCCAGCCAGCGACGCCGUCAAGGCGCCCACGACCUUCAGAGUCCCCGGGGCGCUUCGCGGACCUCCUCCGGCGGCUGGCACAGGCGUCGCCGGAUCGCAGCCGAUUGAGAACGGCCAUCUCAAUCCCGCUGCAACCGAUUCCACGUUUCCAGCGCAGGCCAUUCGUACAGGACCGGACGAAGGCCCUCUUUAG